AUUCAGCUCACUCCUUUAACAUUUACAACACAGUCCAGUUCUCUGACACCAUGAAAGUGACAUGGAUUCCUCUGCCGCUCGUUUUGUUCUGUCAAUUUCAGGGCACAGCAUCUGAUCCAGGAGCAGGACAGCACACAUGGGACACAUUCAGCAAACUUCCAUAUCCCGACGACAAAGCCUUCCUCUAUGACACCUUUCCUGAUAAGUUUAUGUGGGCCGUCGGCACCGCUGCAUAUUCAGUGGAAGGAGCCUGGGAAAAAGACGGGAAGGGUAAGUCAAUCUGGGACACUUUUACUCGAGGAGGGACCCGAGUGUCCAGAGGAGACGUUGGUAGCGAUAGUUAUCAUAACAUCCCUGGAGACCUUCGAGCUCUUCAGCAACUAGGAGUCAGUCAUUAUCGGUUCUCCUUGUCCUGGCCACGCAUUUUCUCCAAUGGCACUAAGGAAAGCUACAACGACAAAGGUGUGGAGUAUUAUAAAAAUCUGAUCCGGGGUUUGAAGGACAUUAAGGUGCAGCCUGUUGUCACUUUGUAUCAUUGGGACCUGCCUGACAGUUUGCAGACGCUCUUUGGAGGCUGGAGUAAUUCGGUUAUGGUGGAGCUGUUCAGAGACUAUGCCGAUUUUUGCUUUAAGACAUUUGGAUCGGAUGUGAAAUUUUGGAUCACUAUCGACAAUCCUUUUGUCGUGGCCUGGCAUGGAUAUGGAACUGGGGUUGUGGCUCCGGGUAUCAAGAAUGACUCUGAUUUGCCUUUCAGAGUCGGACACAAUCUGCUGAAGGCUCACGCUGCAGCCUGGCACCUGUAUGACGAGCGAUAUCGUGCCGCUCAGGGUGGGAGAGUGUCCAUGGCUCUGGGAUCUCACUGGAUCAAACCCAGCAGAACCAGACAGGAGAGCCGCAAAGCCUGCCAGCGCUCUCUAAACUUUGUGCUUGGCUGGUUCGCCCGUCCCUUGUUUGUAGAUGGAGAUUAUCCACCCUGCAUGAAGGACAAUCUGACCCACAGACUGCCGUCCUUCACCGAGGCCGAGAGCGCGUAUGUGAACGGAACCGCCGACUUCUUUGCUCUGUCUCAUGGACCUGCUCUUAGUUUUCAGCUGAUCAAUGACAGUCUGCGCUUCGGCCAGACUGAAGAUUUGGGUCUGAGAAUGCUUUUGUACUGGGUCCGUGCAGAGUACAACAAUCCUCCCAUCUUUGUGGUGGAGAGCGGCUGGUAUGGAAGUGGCAACACCAAAACAAAGGAUGCCAAGCAUAUGUACUAUUUAAAGCGCUUCAUUAUGGAGACGCUAAAAGCAAUCCAUGUUGACAGGGUGAAUGUGAUUGGCUACACGGCCUGGUCUCUGCUGGAUGGAUAUGAGUGGUACCGUGAAUAUGCGAUACGCAGAGGGCUGUUCUAUGUGGAUUUCAACACUCCUGAUCUGAAGAGAGAGCCGAAGGCAUCUGCCACUUUCUAUAGCAAACUCAUAGAGAAGAAUGGCUUCCCUCAGCUGCCAGAGAACCGCCCUGCACACGGUGCAUUUCCCUGUGACUUUGCUUGGGGAGUGGCUGCCAACUCCAUACAGGUUGACACUACCCCUACGCAGUUCACCGACACUAAUGUUUACAUCUGGAACAUUUCUGGAAACGGAGAGCUGAAAAAGCUCCCUGGGCUGCAGGCGCCCCAUCUGCGCAGGACACCCCACUGCGCCGACUACGGCAGCAUCCGUCAGCAGGUGUCUGAUCUACUCCGAAUGCAAGUCUCCCAUUUCCAUUUCUCCCUCAACUGGUCCUCCAUCGUCCCCACAGGCCACGUGUCUGAUGCUAACGAAACAUUGCUAAGAUACUAUUAUUGUUUUGUCAGCGAGCUACAAAAAGUGAACAUAACCCCUGUGGUGACUCUUUGGCACCAUACAGGGAAACUGUCCAGCCUUCCAGCACCAAUGGAGGCCAGUGAUGGCUGGCAGAGCGAGAAGACUGUCCAGGCCUUUGUGGACUAUGCUAGGUUGUGUUUCCAUCGACUAGGAGCUCAUGUCAAGCUCUGGAUCACACUCAAUGAGCCCAACGAUGAGGAUCUUGAAUACACUGUAGGUCACCAGCUGCUACGUGCACAUGCUCUAGCUUGGCACGUCUACGACAGAGAAUUCCGCAAGGCCCAAGGUGGCAAAGCAUCACUGGUUCUUCAUAUGGAUUGGGUCGAACCUGCAUUUUCAUUCAACAGGGAGGACGUGGCCCCUGCAGACCGAGUCCUGGACUUUCGAGUGGGAUGGUUUGCGGAGCCUAUUUUCGGUAAAGGCGAUUACCCGGCGGUGAUGCGUAGCUGGCUCCAACAGAGGAACACUAUUGAUCUUUUCAACUACCACUUACCCACGUUCAGCGAAGAGGAUCGGCUGUUGGUGAAAGGAACCUACGAUUUCUUCGCCAUCAGCCAUUUUACUACCUCGAUGGUGUACGAUGGAGUGGAGGAUAAAUACACCUUUAAGGACAAGCUGCAGGUUCAGCUUAUAUCUGACGUGACCUGGAUCAUGUCCCCAAGACGCAACUCUCCUGUGGUUCCCUGGGGUCUACGCAAGGCAUUGAACUGGGUGAACUCGCGAUACAAAGGUGUUCCCAUUUACGUGAUGGCCAAUGGUGUUCAAGAGGAUACCGCUAGGUUUAAGGAUAGCUUGCGCAGCUAUUACCUUUACAACUAUGUGAAUGAGGCCUUGAAAGCAUACAUGCUGGAUGCAGUGAAUCUAAAAGGCUAUUUUGCAUACGCAUUCAGUGACCAGCGGGACCCAGGCUUUGGCAUGUAUGGUCACGUGCAGGAAGAGGUGAUUUCAAAAUCCUCACUGGGCCAUUACAAAAACAUUAUCCGCCACAAUGGCUUCCCAGCCCCAGGCACAUCUCAGCAUCAGUGUCCCCAUGCUCCAGCUCAAGGAUCGGGCCGAUAUGUCCUCACCAAGAAGCCUGUGGUCGGCUUUCUCUCUCUGGUGAGCUCCUGCAUGCUCAUCACUAUGUGCCUUGUUAUCUACUAUGCAUUUAAGAGGCACAAGUUAACCACCAAAAAAUGAUUGAUACAGCUCUGCUGACAAUUUUAAUUUAUUAAGUGGUUUUCUCAUUACUGUAGGUCUCUUCACACUGUGCUUAACCCUGUGUUUUUGUUGUAUUAAAUCGGCACGUGAUGAUAACCAGUUUAUCCAAGUUAAAGUCAAGGAAAAGUCAAGGUUUUAAAACCCCUAAAAUGUUCUGCCUUUACAGGUUAAAAAAUCUUUAUGUUUUUGAAACUAUUGAAGACCACAGAAGUCAAUCAUUUAUUUUAAUCAUUUAACCUGACAUUAAUUAUUUUAACCUGUUUACUGUUUUAAAACAUUAUAAAUGCUUCUUAAUAUAAAACUUACUGUGUUUAAUGGGGGGAAAAGAUUGUUGUUUUUUACCCUGACAUUUAAAAAAAAAAAUUAGGGCAGUAAUUACAAUACAGUAAAUCCGAUGUUUUUAUGUGAGGUUAUCAUAUAAUCAGAAUCUUAUACCAGCCCAUGCCUUGUACUAAACCCCAGUUUUAACCGCAGGUAAAGAAGUGUUUCAUAUUUGUGAUUUAGAAGCACCAGUUCUGUGCUUAACCCUAAACAUUCAGCCUGAAAUUAUAUGGCCUUUGAAUGUUACAUUAAGACCACUCGUCACUUAUUUAUGUCACAGAAACGGCAUAAACUAUAUAGAAAUUGGUGUUUUAGUGUUUAAAGGCAAUAAUGACAAUUGUGAUUAAAUAUAAAAAUGCAUCAGAUGGAGUAAACAGGAUUAUAUAUCACAGGAUUACAUUUAUCCAGAGUAAAAAUGACCCAGGGUUAACUAAUUCAGGUGUGAAAAGCCCUAAUGUAUGCUAUUUAUAAAACGUAAAUCUGCACAAAUUGGGUUUUACCCCUUGCCAUUCUCAAGCUAAAGAUUUGGACUUUGGACUGGUGCUCAUUUAAAGAGAUAGUUCACCUGAAAAAAUGAUAGAAGGAUUUGUCAUAAUGUACUCACUCUCAAGUGGUUCCAAACCUUUGUUAAAGUUUCUUUAAUCUGUUGAACACUAAAUAAGAUAUUUUGAAGAAUGUUUGAAACUGGCAGCCUUUGUCACGGACUACUAGUUUCUAACAUAAAUAUCUUCUUUUGUUCAACAGAAGUAAGAACCAAAAACAGGUUUAGAUCAAAUGGCGGGUGAGUACAUGAUGAGAAAAGUUUUGUUUUUUGGGUGAACUAUCCCCUUUAAUUGGGGGAGUUUGUAAAGUGGCAAUCUAAAACGUUCAUUUCUCUGAAUUAAAUGUGUAUAAAUGAAUACACAUUUUUAUAAACGAGUCCCCAGGAUAGUUAUGUAAUGGCUAGCUUUAAAAUCCUUAUUUAUUUGUAAAAAGUAAGAUAUUUGCAUUGUUUUGUCAAGUUUGCACGGCAGUUUGGUUUUUGCACGAUAAAACAUUUAUAAGGGAAAUGUAUUGUAUUUGUUUGGCAUGUUAUAGAGGUUCUUAGUAUGAUUAGUCUAAAUAAGUGAUGUUAAAGGGAUAGUUCACCCAAAAAUGAAAGCGUAUUCACUAUUUACCAAACUAAAAAUAUCUAUAUCAGGGGUGUCCAAACUCUGUCCUGGAGGGCCAAUGUCCUGCUGAGUUUAGCUGCAACUUGCUUCAACACACCAGCAAGUAAGUUUCUAGUACAGGGUUGUUCAGAUCCGGUCCUGGAAGGCGAGCGUUCAGCAUAGUUUAGCUGUAUCCCCAAUCAGACACACCCAAGCCAGUAAUCAAGCACUUACUUUGCUCACUUGAAAUGUCCUGGCAGGUGUUUUGAGGAGAGUUGGAGCUAAAUUUUUAAGGACACCGGCCCUCCCGGACUGAGUUUGGACACCUGUUUUAGUAUAUCUAGUAAGAGCUUGGUUAGCUGGUUCAGGUGUCUUGGAUUGGGUUGGAGCUAAACUCUCCAGGACACCGGCCCUCCAGGAGUGCAAGUGGACACCCCUGAUCUAUAUCACACCUUCAUGUGUUUCGUGUCAAACAUGAAAGAAGAUAUUUUAAAAAACGCUAAAAACCUGUAACUAUUGACUUCCAUAGUAGGAAACACAAAUAUUGUCAAUGGUUUCAGGUUUCCUGCAUUCUUCAUAAUAUCUCCUUUCAUGUUUAACACAAGAAAAGAAGGUUAACGGGUAAAGUUGAGUAUGUGAUGACAGAAUUUUCAUUUCUGGAUGAAGCGUCUCUUUAGAACAGGUCAUGUAUUUUCUGAUGUGUAAAUUACAUGAUCACAUGGGUAUUAAAUAAUUGUUAACUGUCUAAUUG